CUGGAUUGUCCUGGACAUAUACAUUCUUGACACAUAUAUCGUUUCACAUAGGGUAGCAGUGAGUACAUUACCUUAUCAUACUAAUUACAGGAACAUGUAUUUGCGCAAGGAAUAUACGUACAGUAGUGACGUACUUCCCUACCUCCGGACUCGACUGUUUUUAGAACUCCAUUUUGCAAAGGCGCGCUGGAGAGGAUGGCUGUACUGAAGCUUGUCGUGUGUGCAUGCCUACUUGGUCUUCUUCACCAGGUCAGAGGAACGCCGUUUGGCCGUGAUGGAAACAACGACAUAUCCUGGGAGGAUCUGACGGCGUUUGAUGUGAUUCUGGCGGAGAAUGAGGCUGCAGGUCUGGACUUGUUUGAAGGAGAUAUCUUGGACUCUGCUGACCAGGUCCGCAACGCCAUUCAGUGUACAGGGCGCAUGUGGCCGAAGGGACCAGACGGUCUGGUGAAAAUCCCGUACAACAUAACUGAAGGAUUCACCGAUGAGGACGUGGUCGCCCUCCAGCGUGCCUUCCAUGAGUACGCCCACAAGACUUGUGUGGACUUCUUCCCGGUCACCACCCAGCUGGACGCCUUCGUCAGUCUGGAGAAGAGCGACAGCGGGUGUAACUCCAAAUUCGGUAACAUGAAGGACGGCGGUCAGAAGCUGGCCCUGACGGACAGCUGCAUCAGGCGGUACGGGUCCGUGGUGCACGAGCUCAUGCACGCCGUCGGCUUCAAACACGAGCAGGCGCGCCCGGACAGGGACAGCUACGUCACUAUCGUCUGGGGCAACAUUAGGGACGGGAAAGAAAAUAACUUCAACAAGGAGUCCGAGCCCGUCGUCAGCACCCUGGACCUGCCGUACGACUUCGGGUCCGUCAUGCACUACAGCCGCACCGCCUUCACCUCGAACGGGCAGGACACCAUCGUGCCCAAGGUGCCCAACGUGCAGAUCGGGCAGAGGGACCAGAUGAGCGACCUGGAUGCGCUCAAGAUCAACACGUUAUACGGAUGCGGUCGCACUGUGACCGGCGUACCAACUGGGACCGGGGUGGACAUGUCAGCAAAUUUCGUGCAGGCCAGUAGAGCGGACUCGGACAGGACAAUUUCUUGUGCCUUCGAGUCCGGCUGGUGCGGUUACACCCAGGACACUGCAGACGACUUUGACUGGGUCCUGAACGAGCUGGGAGAGGCCACGCCCAGCGGUAACACCGGGCCGGACCACGAUCAUUCUACCGGAGAAAAGGCACAUGGUCACUUCGCUUUCAUUGAGGCCUCCUCUCCACGCCAAAACGGCGACUUCGCCGGGCUGCUGUCUCCAGUUUCUACCGCUAGAGGGCCUCACUGCUUGAAGUUCUACUACCACAUGUUCGGCGCGGAAACAGGCUCGCUGGACCUUCUCUACAUAGACGCGCGGAGCGGAGGCAAGAACCGGAUCUGGUGGAAGAUAGGUGAACAGGGAGACUUCUGGCUGGAGGCAAGAGUGGACAUCGACGCCCAGGCAGACUUCCAAGUGAUGUUUGAGGCGAUGCGUGGGCACGGUUACCAUGGUGAUAUCGGCAUUGAUGACAUCGAGAUGGUGGCGGGAACUUGUGAUUCUAUCCACCACUGCGACUUUGAUGCUGACUUCUGUGGUUUCCAGCAACUGGCGACUGACCAAUUAGACUGGGUCCGGAAUACUGGACACACGCCUUCUGCAACUACGGGGCCGGACAGGGACCACACCACCGGCUCCUCGGGUCAUUACGUUUACGUCGAGGCCUCCAGUCAGGACCGGAGUGACCUGGGCACCUUGAUCAGCCCGGAAAUACCUGCAUCCACUUCUGGUUACUGCGUCACCUUCUGGUACCACAUGUACGGGCGGGACACGGGCUUCCUGCGCAUGCGCACCGUGGACAGGCACGGGCAUGACCAGCUGGAGUAUGAGCUGAUAGGAGAGCAGGGAGACCUGUGGAAACGGGCGGAUGUGUUCAUCAACCCCGCCACUGACUUCAGGCUCCACUUCCAAGACUACAUCGGUUGCUAUGCCUACAGUGACAUCGGGUUGGACGACAUCGAAUGGCGGGCCGGGCGCUGCGAUACUGUGUAGCGUAUUCAAGUCGCUAGGUGGCGCCAGCUCCAGGCUCUGUGUAGUCUGUAUGUGAACUUUCGAAUAAAGCUUCUUGCUUUGA